GAUAACGGAGCUGCUGCUGAAGCAUCUGCAGAGCUGGUCGCCUCUUUUUGUUCCAUCCCUAACACCGGGACUGAAGAUAGUCAUUAUCACUGCUGCUGAGGAUGUGUGAGAGUAUUUCGAUGCGAGUUCGGAUCGGAUGGAUUCAAUGAAAGGAAUAAUCUUAGCCAGGAGGAAAACCAUGACAGGCAUCCUGCUCCCCUGACGAUUCUCGGGUAUGCAGUCGUAGUUUGAGGCCGGACAUGAUUUUAAUCUCAAGAGUUGCUUUAGUGGAUGCGAGAUGGUGCACGCCGCACCCCGAGAUAUAUUGAUAAGGUGAUCAAACAGCUCUGUCAUUAAACGCCUGUUAGCCAAACCGGAUUUUUCCUGGACUGUGGCGCACAGUGAGCAUCUUGUUUUCUUUUUGAUUUAUUUGUUUGCAUUGACUAACUGUUUUGGAGGAUCUUCUGAUGUGGCGGGAUUGUGCCGUUUUGACUAAAAGGAUCAACUGAGCACUGUUGCUCUGAACCAGAGAGGAGGACCAGGAGCAUCUCACCUGUCAACACAAUAAGAACCUUCAUCAUGGCUGAGAGGACUCUUGAUCCGGUCCCCGUCAGCAUCCCCAUGGAGGAGACCAAGAUUCCCAGUGGAGCGCCUCCGGAGGCCCCGCUGCUCAUCCACUUGAAGAAGGUGGAGAACCACAUCACGGAGGCUCAGCGCUUCUCCCACCUCCCACGCCGCUCUGCUGUGGACCUGGAGUUCAACGAGCUGUCCUACACCAUCCGGGAGGGCCCCUGGUGGAGGAGGAGAGGUUACAAAGCCUUACUUAAGUGUCUGUCUGGAAGAUUCAGAAACAAAGAGCUGAUCGGCAUCAUGGGUCCUUCUGGAGCCGGGAAAUCCACUCUGAUGAAUAUCCUGGCGGGGUACAGAGAGACGGGCAUGAAGGGGGAGAUCAAGGUGAACGGCCGGCCGAGGGACCUGAGGACCUUCAGGAAGAUGUCGUGCUACAUCAUGCAGGACGACAUGCUGCUGCCUCACCUCACCGUGCGGGAGGCCAUGAUGGUUUCUGCCAAUCUGAAGCUGAACGAGUCCAUGCAGGUCAAAAAGGAACUUGUGGAUGAGAUCCUGACGGCUCUGGGUCUGCAGGAGUGCGCUCAGACACGCACCAACGCUAUCUCUGGAGGUCAGUGUAAACGACUGGCCAUCGCCCUGGAGCUGGUCAACAACCCGCCCGUCAUGUUCUUUGACGAGCCCACCAGUGGUCUGGACAGCUCGUCCUGCUACCAGGUGGUCUCCCUCAUGAAGUCUCUGGCUCUGGGAGGACGGACAAUCAUCUGCACCAUUCACCAGCCCAGUGCCAAGCUCUUUGAGAUGUUUGAUAAGCUGUACAUCCUCAGUCAGGGUCAGUGCAUAUACAAGGGCACGGUCCCUUACCUCAUCCCUUAUCUGAAGAGCCUGGGCCUCCACUGCCCGACGUAUCACAAUCCUGCUGACUUCAUCAUCGAGGUGGCGUCAGGGGAGUAUGGGGAUCUGAAUUCAAUUCUGUUCGAGGCGGUCCAGGGUGGACUGUGCUCAGAUCAGAGCAAGAAGAACUCCGGAGACAAAAGUGACUCCUCAUGUCCCUCGACAUGUCCCAGUGAGACAGGAACCCUUGAGAAACAUAGCUUUGCUACCAGUACAUUCACACAGUUCUGCAUCCUCUUCAAAAGAACCUUCAUUACGAUAUGCAGGGACAUGGUGCUGACCCACCUAAGGGUGAUGUCCCAUAUUUUUAUUGGAGUGCUGAUUGGCUUGCUUUAUCUCAAGAUUGGAAAUGAUGCCAGCAAGGUGUUCAACAACACUGGCUUCCUCUUUUUCUCCAUGUUGUUCCUCAUGUUUGCUGCCCUGAUGCCCACCAUCCUAACAUUUCCUCUGGAGAUGUCCGUCUUCAUGCGGGAACAUCUCAACUACUGGUACAGCCUGAAAGCCUAUUACUUGGCCAAAACCAUGGCUGACAUACCGUUCCAGGUGAUUUGUCCGAUCAUUUACUGUAGUAUUGUGUACUGGAUGACUGAGCAGCCUCCAGAGGCGAGUCGCUACCUGCUCUUUAUGGCUUUGUCCACUUCCACGGCCCUAGUGGCCCAAUCCCUCGGUCUGCUUAUAGGGGCUGCAUCUUCAUCUCUGCAGGUGGCAACCUUUGUGGGUCCAGUCACAGCCAUACCAGUACUCCUCUUCUCUGGCUUCUUUGUCAAUUUUGACACCAUUCCCAAAUACCUACAGUGGAGCUCGUAUGUUUCCUAUGUCAGGUACGGCUUUGAGGGGGUGAUACUCUCCAUCUACGGGAUGAACCGGUCGGAGCUGGAGUGCCCGGGCGUGGUGUGUAAGUUCCAAAAACCGGAGGAGGUCCUGCAGCUGCUGAAUGUGGCGGAUGCAAAGCUCUAUGUCGACUUCAUGGUGCUGGGGGGUUUCUUUUUGGCCCUCAGACUGGCAACUUACCUGGUUCUGCGCUACAAGGUCAAGUCAGAGCGUUAAGACGUCCGGAGGCGGAUGGAUUUGGAUGCUUGCACAUAUCCCACCAGUGUGAGAUAGUUAGCAAACAUAUAAUGUCUUCAUUCUUUGUCUCAAACUUUCAUACAGUACAUGUACAAAGACAUACACAAGUCCAGCUCAUAAAAAACAUCCGAAGCUGUGCUGCAACACCAAACUGUACAGUGUAAUAUUAUCUUUUAAACGGUUUGUUUUUGGAAGAAAGGGAACAUCCCUUAUCCUACAGGUAAUAGUAUUUUUCAAAUCACCAUUACCUUCCGAAACUAUCUGCGCUAUACAUAAACAGAAUACCCAACAAAGUAACAGAAAGCAUGUCUCUUUAAACUGAGAAAUUGUGGCCAGUCCGAGAAAGUGAAUCAUAAGCUGAAGCCUCCGGGUUUAUGGGGAGCCAUAGUACCUUGGUGCCGGAGUGUCCAAUAUCGCGUAGCUUCUCAAUCCAAUGCCUGGAAAGACAAUCAUCACAUCCGACUCCACAUCAGCACCUAUCAAGGAACCAGAUCUCAAGACGGACAUCCUCAAAAGGCCAUCAGGAAAAGCAAACUCACAGUGCCAGAACAGAAAACUUGUCUUGCUCUUCUGUAGAAACAUCUCAUCAGGUACCAGGACGUUGAACUUUAUGGCUUUUCUUUACAGAAUGAGACUUUAACAAACCACUGAAUCAUUUUUGCAGCCCUACCAUUGACGGUGGUAGAACCCAGGCCUGUGAUUCAUUACCAUAAUAUAACACGUUCACCAUCAUCGUGGAAGCAUUCAGAAAGCCUGCAUGACUGCUGUUUCCAGCCUGACAGAAAGCUGCUGCACAGAGAGAGUGGGGCGAAGUGCAACAAGCUGUUAUGGUUAAAAAAGUCUAUUCGGUGUCACUCUUUCGACACAGUUUUUUGAACUGCUUGUUUCCACUCAUUCUCAUUGUAUGACUCUUUAGCUGCCUCCUCCCUAACUCCUCUUUCCCUCUGCUUUGCUGACGUCUGACAGAUGUGUGUUGUCCUAAACAAUGCUAGAUAUCUUGAAACGCUGGCUGGGCAGUUUUUUCGUGCCUCUGAAAUAGAAUGAUUUGAGUUGCCUUCACUUUGCUUCAUUGUUUGCACAUACACCCAUAUGUCAA